CGGUGAUAUACCGUGGGUCCGAGGAUCGCGAAGAGGUCGCCAAGGCAUUUGUGAUGGCUGUAACUGAAGUGACGCGCAACAUUUCUAAAUUGUUGCGCAAAACCAACGUUCCCAUCCGAAUGUCUAUCGAUGAUGUGCGCAGGCACGGGGAGAAAGUGGUAUGCGACUUGUGCCGCACGGCAUUCAAGGAUUCCAACCCCAAAGUCGCAGACCACUGUCAUUUAUCGGGCCGAUUCAGACAGACGUUGUGCAAUGCAUGUAACCUGAAAGUAAAGACGGUCAAUUUUGUGCCGUGCUUCUUGCACAAUCUUUCGGGUUACGACGCGCAUUUCAUCGUCACUGAAUUGGGGUACGACGACCAAAGGAUUUCGGUCAUACCGAAUUCCGAGGAGAAGUAUAUUUCGGUCACGAAACACGUGACCAAUAACUUCUCCAUACGGUUUGUCGACACCUUCCGAUUCAUGGCCUCCUCCCUGUCCACCUUGGCCGGUAACCUAAUGACGCCCGACUUUGUUAAAUUCCGGGAGACGGCCAAGGUGUUCCGCCCGGAAGACAUGCCGUUGGUGACGCGUAAGGGCGUAUACCCCUACGAGUACACUGAUAGUUGGGCUAAAUUGGAAGAAACGGAACUACCACCUCAGGACGCUUUCUAUAGUCAGUUGAGUGAGUCUAAUAUUGAUGACGACGACUAUAGACAUGCCACGGAGGUGUGGAACCGUUUCGACUGCUCAACCCUCGGUGAGUACAGCGACCUAUAUCUUAAGAUCGACGUGUUGUUGUUGGCUGAUGUGUUUGAGAACUUCCGCGACAUCUGUAUUUCAACAUACAAUUUGGACCCGGCGCACUAUUACACCGCGCCUGGUUUUAGCUUCGAUUGUAUGUUGAAAUACACCAGGAUGAAGCUGGAGCUCUUGAACGACUAUGACAUGCUACUGAUGGUGGAACAGGGCAUUCGUGGUGGGCUAGUGCAGGCCGUCAAGCACUAUGCCAAUGCCAACAAUCCGAAGACACCCGAUUACGAUCCGUUAAAACCAAAAUCAUGGAUCGUGUACCAAGACUGCAAUAACCUUUACGGGUGGGCUAUGAGUCAGCCCAUGCCGUACGGUGGCUUCCGGUGGUAUAAAGGAGCAGACCCUCUGGCUGACCUCCAAUCGUUGUCGGACACUGGUAAUACGGGGCGUAUAUAUGAAGUGGACGUAUCGUAUCCACAAGAGCUGCAUGACGAGCACAACGACUUGCCGUUCUUGCCUGUCAACGAUGUACCGCCGGGUUCCAAAGAGACCAAACUCAUGGCUACUUUGAAACCCAAACAGCGGUACGUCGUACAUUACGUUAAUCUUAAACAGGCGAUCGCACACGGACUGCAAGUCGAUAAAGUGCACCGCGUUUUAGAGUUUCAACAAAGUGCUUGGUUGAAACCAUACAUUGAGUUGAACACUGAAAUGCGGAAAAAGGCGGCAAAUGCUUUUGAAAUUGCAUUUUUCAAACUAAUGAACAAUGCCGUCUUUGGGAAAACAAUGGAGAACAUGCGGAAACGCAUCCGUAUUGAGCUAAUCUCCAGUCCCGAACGUCUAAGCAAGCUCGUAAACCAACUAACCUUCAACGACUGUAUCAAAUACGGUGAAAGGUUGUACUCACCAGUAUCCAUGUAA